AUGAUGAACCAAUAUAUCAAAGAAUUGGAGCAGGAGCCUUUUGAUCCUGACGAAUUCGUCGAAAGGAUGGUACGUCGAAGUAUGCAGGAGUCUCGACUUACAGAUGAUCAGUUUGACCCUGAAAUGAUCCACGAUAUAUUUACUCAAGCUAUACAGGAUUUAAAGGUGCUACAAGAGAGACAGGAAAGGAAAUGUGCCAGACUGGAGCAAGCCGUUCAGGAAGAAGAGAAGCUUUAUGUAGCAAAACUUGCUGAAAUUAUGGAGCAGCAUACUCACUGUGUCAACGUCUUCAGUUCAUUAGAUGAGAGGAUGUCCCGCUGUGGUGGCAGGGCUCUUGAUAUAGGGGAAAAGCUGGGAGCAGCAAGAGCCCCGAGGGCCCGAGCAGCUGCGGCGAGAGAUCUUUUAUCACAUCUAGCCAACUUCUUAAGCCCUGGACCUGUAUUAACUGAUUUAUUCAAUGAUCCUACUAAGCUCAAUGAAGCUGCAGAUGUGAUACAAAAGCUGUACACAAUAUCUCAAGAAUUACCGCCAGAUAAAUUUGAAGUAGCCAAAAAGAAAAUAGAGGCAAAGUAUGAUGAAAUAGAACGCAGUUUAAUUGAAGAGUUUGUAAAAGCCCAGAACCAGGGAGAUGUAACGAAAAUGAAAGACAUAGCUAACAUUAUGACGAAUUUUAAAGGAUACUCUCAGUGUGUUGAUGCAUAUAUAGAAACAAGUCAGAUGAAUACGCUACUCGGUAAGGACAUAUUCUCAGCAGUGCUACCUUUAGCCAAGAAGAAUUACACUGUCAUAAGUAAUGUGUUCCCGAACCCAGACCAAGUCAUGAGCAAGUUUGUGCUUAAUAUUUUCCACCUCAAACUGCAAAAGUAUAUACAAACUAAACUUGCUGAUAAAGUUGACUUGGAAAAAUAUUUGAAGAACUUAUAUGAUACUUAUACAAGCACCCAAAAGGUUUACGAGGAGUUAGUUACUGCUAACCUGGUGUCAGAUGGAUCAUCCACAGGAGAUUUAAGGCGAGAGGCUUUAAUCAAUGGGUCCAUGGCUGGGGCUAGUGACGGAUAUCCCGCAUUAGAAAUACGGAGACUGAAGGCUGUUCUAAGUAAUGCCCUACAUGUGUAUUACAAUGACAAGCAGCACAUCAAGAAGCAAAUACAGGGUGGAGGUUUUCAAGAGCUGCGUCGCGAUCUACAAGCGGUGAUUGGUACCAGAGCGAAUAUAAACAUAGCCCAGAUAGAAAACUAUGGAGGAGAGACAUUUCUCAGCGAACAACUGGUUCAGAAGAUGCUGAAUGAUUCAAAGACAUCAUUCACGAGGUGCAAGACUCUCUGUACAGCCAACGAGCUUCAAACAACCACAAUAUCAUUAUUGGAUACUCUCAUACAGUACCUGCUUAUAGAACAUGUAGAUUAUGCUCUAGACUUGGGCCUACAGUCUAUACCUAUAGCAGAAAAUAAAUCCCCGCCACAGAUUUAUUUCUUCGAUAUAGUGAACCAGGCUAACAAAAUUGUCAAGAUGUUUGCUGAACAUUUCCAAGAAUCUGUGUUGCCCUGUUUGAGCAAACAAGGCGAGUGCAUCCAACGGAAGAACGCAGUGAUGGAACAGCUCGAAAGCAAGCUGGAUGCGGGGCUGGAGCGAGCUAUAUCAGCUAUCGUGGGCUGGGUCAAGCUGCACUUACAAACAGAACAGAGGAAAACUGACUUCAAGCCUGAGGGAGACAUCGAUACUCUAGCUUCUCCGGCGUGUCUAACAGUGGUGUCAUAUCUGAAUACUGUCCUGGACAAGCUCCACACUCAGCUCUGUGAUGAGAACCUGAGCGCCGUGAGUCUGGAGCUGGCUGUUCGUCUUCAUCGAGUCAUAUACGACCACCUACAGAACUUCCAGUUCAAUUCUGCUGGUGCUAUGAUAGCUAUAUGCGACGUCAAAGAGUAUCGUUCAGCGGUGUGCGGGCGCGGGGCGAGGGAGGCUCCUCCGCCGGCCGCCUCGUUGUUCGACACCUUACACGCCCUGUGUAACCUAUUAUUGGUGAAGCCUGAAAAUCUUCAUCAAGUCUGCGAAGGAGAGACGCUGGCGGAGCUGGAUCGCUCCAUUCUCCACAACUUCAUUCAACUACGCUCCGACUACAAAACCCAUAAGUUAUCAAGCUUUCUGAAGGGGCUCGCCUGA